GCGGCGGCGACAAGGAAGGCGGCGAGGGCGGAGGCCCAGGGGGCGGUGGCCUCGAGGCGGGGUCGCUGCCGGCAGAAGGAACGCGGGGUGCGACUCAGGCGCUGAGGAACAUCGUCGGGGGUCAAGGCAGCCUGGGGUUCUCAAUAGCACAAAAGUAGAAGCUGUCAAACUUUCUAAAGGCUUAGGCCUGGAACCUCACUUACAUUGGUUAAAGUGAUUCUAGUUCCAGCCCAGAUCCAACAUCUCAGUGGGGAUUGUGGUCAGUGAGUAUCACCUGUUCCACAAGAUGAGUAACAGCCACCCUCUUCGCCCUUUUACUGCAGUGGGGGAAAUUGACCACGUGCACAUUUUAUCUGAGCAUGUUGGUGCCUUGUUGAUUGGCGAAGAAUAUGGCGAUGUCACAUUUGUUGUGGAAAAGAAACGCUUUCCUGCCCACAGGGUAAUUUUAGCAGCCAGGUGCCAAUAUUUUCGCGCAUUACUGUAUGGUGGAAUGCGAGAGUCUCAACCUGAAGCAGAAAUCCCUCUUCAGGACACCACUGCAGAAGCAUUCACGAUGCUGCUCAAAUACAUCUACACUGGGCGUGCGACGCUGACAGAUGAGAGGGAGGAGGUGCUGCUGGAUUUUUUGAGCUUGGCCCAUAAGUACGGAUUUCCAGAGCUGGAAGAUUCUACCUCUGAGUAUCUCUGCACCAUACUUAACAUUCAGAAUGUCUGUAUGACUUUUGAUGUUGCCAGUCUUUACUCACUUCCUAAGUUAACUUGUAUGUGCUGCAUGUUCAUGGACAGAAAUGCUCAGGAGGUGCUCUCCAGUGAAGGCUUCCUCUCCCUUUCCAAGACAGCACUCUUGAACAUUGUAUUAAGAGAUUCGUUUGCUGCUCACGAGAAAGAUAUUUUCUUAGCCUUGUUAAACUGGUGUAAGCACAAUGCAAAAGAAAAUCAUGCUGAAAUCAUGCAGGCUGUGCGUUUACCCCUGAUGAGUCUUACUGAGCUUCUGAAUGUUGUGAGGCCAUCGGGACUGUUGUCUCCUGAUGCUAUUCUGGAUGCCAUUAAAGUACGAUCAGAGAGUCGGGAUAUGGACCUCAACUACAGGGGCAUGCUCAUACCAGAAGAAAACAUUGCAACUAUGAAGUAUGGAGCCCAGGUUGUGAAAGGAGAGCUGAAGUCGGCCUUGCUAGAUGGUGACACUCAGAACUAUGAUUUGGAUCAUGGCUUUUCCAGGCAUCCCAUAGAUGAUGACUGCCGCUCUGGCAUUGAGAUCAAGCUUGGCCAGCCGUCCAUUAUUAACCACAUUCGCAUCCUCCUGUGGGACCGUGACAGCCGGUCUUAUUCCUACUUCAUUGAAGUGUCAAUGGAUGAACUUGAUUGGAUCAGAGUGAUAGAUCAUUCACAUUAUCUGUGUCGGUCUUGGCAAAAGUUGUAUUUUCCAGCUCGUGUCUGCAGGUAUAUCCGAGUAGUUGGUACUCACAACACAGUGAACAAGAUUUUCCACAUUGUGGCUUUUGAAUGCAUGUUUACAAACAAAACCUUCACUCUGGAGAAGGGGCUAAUAGUUCCCAUGGAGAAUGUUGCAACGAUUGCUGAUUGUGCCAGCGUGAUUGAAGGAGUUAGUCGGAGCCGAAAUGCCUUGCUGAAUGGGGACACAAAGAAUUAUGACUGGGAUUCUGGCUACACAUGUCACCAGCUAGGCAGUGGUGCCAUUGUGGUUCAGCUGGCACAGCCGUACAUGAUUGGGUCAAUACGGUUGUUACUUUGGGACUGUGAUGAUCGCAGCUACAGCUACUACGUUGAGGUUUCCACCAACCAGCAGCAGUGGACCAUGGUGGCUGACAGAACGAAAGUCUCCUGCAAGUGUUCCACUGUGUCCACUUUGAGUGUCCGGAGCAGCAGAUCAGCCAGAAGGAGGAGAACAGUGAGGAGCCAGGGGCAGGGGACCCCAGCCCCUCUAGUCAGCAACUCGACCCUCACGCCCUGCGGGCACCCAGUGUCAGCUCGCUGCCCCCAAGCCCAGGCCCCAACUCACGCUCACCCAACCAUCAGCACCAAUAAAGGAGGCAGAGGAUGUGGUCUGACUUGGGUGGACCUCAUGGAGCAGGCGUGUCUCCCAGGCUGGGACCUCAGUGGACUGCCCUCCUCAUCCCUGGGAGGAGCAGGCCUGGCUACAAAAGCUACCCCAAAGCAGGUCUUCGCCCAGGGAUCCCAGCGUGCCAUGUUCUCCCCUAUUCUUCAGGCCGUCACCAGGGGGAGAAAGUAGGUCUUCAGUCCUCAUCAAGCCCUACCUCUAAUCUAACCUGGGCACAGGGUGGAAGGAAGAGAAAGCCAGCCCAAGCCAGACCCCAGAAAGGCCUGAGCCUCCGACCCUGCUGGGCAGAGGGACCCUGGCUGCUGGGGCAGUGGACUUGGUAGAGUUCCCAUCUGCAGUACCCAUGGCCCUGGCUACUCAUGGCUUUGUACUGCCAGGUUUUCUCCACCUCUGAGUCGUGGGGUACCAGGCUUGAACGCUGUCCCUCUCUUCCUCCGUCUUGAAUGGAUUCAGGUAGGAUGGAGCAGCAGCUGUCAGGCUUCUGAAUGAGAUGCAGACACAGUUCAUCCUGGCACCAGGCCUGACAAAGAAAAUCCUGUGAGGAAGUUCAACCAGACGCACAGUGCACAAAUCAGUCUGUGGACACUGGAGUUAAUAAUUGCUCAGAUUGCUGAGUUAUUAACCUGUCAUUCCAGAAAUGGAGCUGCCUUCCAGGUUGGGAGGCGGACGUGGAAACGGUUGUCAUACCAGCUGCCAGUGUAACAUUCAGGAACGUGUAGAUAGAUGCCUACCAGGUCCCAGCCGACCCUGCCCGGCCUCCUGAGCACAGGCCUCGGAGCCUGUAGUGAGUCUUCCGGCAUCACACAACUGGAUGGUGAGGAGCAGGUCUCAGGAGCUUUCCCCCUAACUACCACAGCUCCAUCACACUCCCUCCUCCAGUAACUUCAAUGCUGUGAUGUUCUGGAGUCCUCUCAUCUCCGAAGCUCUACAGGUUUGUCACCAUCAGCACCGACCUGAGCCCCUCCCCUGCAGUGUGGGCCCUGUCCCUGCACUUCCUGUGAGCUUGCUUAGAGGAGGGGCAAGGCUUCAGAUUUGUUCUGAAAGACAUUAGCUGUGGACAUAGAGGAACAGGUCCCUCACCUUCCUGUGUUUGACUUAGUUUAGAGCAGGCCACACCCUGAAGAGGUGGGUAACAUGAGCCCUCAGGCUGCAGGGGAAGCGUCUUCCUGUGAGCAGAGGCCGAGGGUGGCAGCUGUCCUGGGGGAGACACUUUGCUCAGUAGUCCACAGCUCUGGCCCGACUUCUUUGCUGUGUGGCAUGCCUGCCUGUCAGGAGUCUCCAAUGGAUGGAUUACAGGAGUCACCACUGUCAGCAUAUCCCACCCCCAGGUAACUUGGAGAGCUUCCACUCGGCAGUGCAGUAGAGGAGCCCUGUCCCGCUGAGGGUGGAGUUUGUAGCUUUUGGAAGCUGUUUGAAGGCUGCUUGUUUUCAUUUUGUUAUUUGAGAUGCAGCCUCAUAACCCAGGCUGGCUGCAGACUCAUGGUAAUCCUCCUGCCUCAGAAUCCUGAGUGCUGGGAUUAUAGAUAUGAGGUGGCACACCUGGCCUGAAGGGCUUCUUUGUAAACAUGGAAGUUGUGGUAGCCCAGCGGGCAGCCCAGCAUGGAUGAUGGGGCUGAUCUGGCACAGGAGCCAGGGUGUCUACCCCAGAGCCUGCUGCGCACACCUCUCCCUGCCAGUCACCAGCACUCUGGCAGCCACACCUCCAGUCCGCCGAGGCCCCUGCAGAACAUCACCCAGACCCACAACUGUGGCUUCCUCUCUUCAGACAAUUUUGGGCAUGUUCAGGGUGUUGUGGCUGUAGACCCUGCUCCCUUCCAGCACUGCCAAGGAGCCCUCCUUGGCAUCAGGUACCUAGCAGUGAUGAGAGACGGGACAGCAAGGUCAUAGGUGCCAGCAGGGCCUUCUAAGACCCUAAGUCAGCUGGGCCCCUGCUGUGCCUGGCUUGGAUGAACACCUGCUCAGGCCAUGAGGACACGGAGCUGUUUACCUCCCACCAGACACAUAGGCUCCCUUUAGCUGAUGGGCCUUCAGAUGCCUGGAGGCCGUUGUCACACCCACAUCUAGGGUAAGGUCCACAUCACUAGGGGACAGAGCUGAGCAAGCAAACCAAGAGAAAAGUCUCAUGCAGACUGGAGUUCUCCAGAGCCUGGUCUGCCCCCUGGAGGCCCGUAGGACACAAGUGAAGCCGCCAGACUUCAAGUACUGAUGGUUCCUGCGCACCUAAUAGCCCUGCAGCACGAGAUGGGGGCUGAUUCUGGGGAAACUGGGUGCCAGGAGGAUCCAUCCAGGGGCCUGUGGUUACCAUCACAAAUGCCUCCCAGCUGGCUCUGGCCCUCAGGUCAACUGGGUCGCUGCAGAGCCUCCUGCGCUACGUUUUGAUCAUGUUCUUUGGGGGACAAAAUGACAUCUUCAUUGGGGUUUCUGUGAGUGCCUCAUGUUAUCUGUGGCAGCUCCUGUGGUGUUACUGAACAGGGCAGGUGGCGUUGAAGUCCAGUGCUGUCCCCCAGGCUGGAGCACACCUCACACUGAAGAGUUGGCGUUUACCAAAUCCUCAGUACUUCUGGUUUGACUUUAGGGCCGUGAGCCUAUGAUGGGUGGGGGCUCUUCCCAACUGUUCUUUAAAAUGUCACUUUUCAAUCUUAUUAAAUGAAGUUUCGACUCC